AUACUGAAUGUGAAGAACUAAGCACUAUCAAAAUAUCACUUGUUCCUCUUCCAUCUGAUGAACCUAAGAUCCCAAUUACUGACCAAAUGACACCUCUUUCUUUACCACCUGAUACACUUAAUCAAGAACCAGCGAUCAGCCAAAUGAUAUCUCCUCUUCUUUUGCCGUCGAAUAUACCAACUACUGAUCACACACCUGAUGAAUUUAACAUUGAUCAAACACCACUUUCUCUUCCGUCUCUACUUGAUUUAGCACUCUUCAAUGAGCGACUUGAAGUCUGUAGUAGUUCUAUUACAUUUCCAAAUUUGGUAACUGAAUAUGAUUCUGAAGA